AAGCGCUUUGUGCGGGGGAGGAGUUACGCCUUUUUUUCCCCCUGCCGGAGUUGUCAAAACGUUGAAAAGUGACAGGGCUGCACGGCGGUCCCCUUUUCAAAUACACUAGCGUCGUGCAAAGGGAUCUGUUUGUGGUGACUGGACUUCCAGCUGCUUGUACCAUUAGGAGUGACCGCCGGCUUUACAUCGGAUCAUCGUGGGGCAGCGCUAGCUGCUGCGACGAGACAGAGACCCAGGAAAGAAAGACCAGUCGAAGAGCGCCCGAGUGGUCAACCGCCGGACACAGGGAAGAACGAAGCAUGGAAGACCAGAAAGAUGACAAGGUGAAGAAGUUGCAGAAUGAUGUAGAUGAGGUGCAGAACCUCAUGCGGGAUAAUAUAGAAAAGACCUACCAACGAGAAGAGAAGCUUGCAGAGCUCGAAGUCCGCUCUGAUGCCCUCCUGGAGCAGAGCAGGAAGUUCUCCAAGACGGCUGGAACAGUUGCUCGCCAGACUUGGUUGGAAAACGUAAAGAUUAAGUUGAUAUUGGCAGCGGUGGCUGCUGUGGUGAUUCUAGUUGUCAUCAUUAUCUUGGCUUGUUAUUUCAGCACCCCAAGUUCAGUUCCAAAGAUGUUAGAUACCAAUAACACACGAACAGGUGGCAAAUAAGACAAGGGGAGAGCCGAGGAAGAGAACAGCAAUCCGGACAGACAGGGCACAAAGCUGGUUGCAGUCCUUCCUUAGGUGACAUAAGCAGAGUGCUGCAGAAUCACACAUCUAAGGUCCUGUUUCGCUGCUUCUUAACCUGUGUGGAUUAUUUCAGAAUUUUAAAUGCCAGUGAUGCUGUGUUCCUUUAUAAUUUGAAACCUACACUGUCUACUCCAGCAGAUUUUAGGUGGUCACAACAGAGGUUCAUACAACUCCAAGCAUCGACCACUUAUUCUACAAACCGUCAAUACCCAAAAAAGCUGAAUAUGCUGCUGAGAGGUUGGCUGCUUAUAUGUUUUUAAUUAUUUCCUGAAGACUCAUAAAGGUACAAGAACCACAGGAUUGAAAUAUAUUAUACAAGGCAUACAUAAAAGUGGUCCAUACCAUAAUGUGUAUGGACACCUGCACCCUGCCAGCUAUUUUCAUGACAGGAGAUUCCUUUAAACUUCCUCAAGUGAUGUUUCUUUAAGAAUGAAAAGAUUGCAGCCAAAUCCUUUUUCUGCUGUUUUCCGCAACUCUUUUGCCACGACUUGCCAUUUUCAGCUGCGCAUUUUCUGCGACAAAAGUGGAAAGUCAGUUAGACUUGUCUUGCUUCCAGGUUUCUGCCUUUCUGUGAACAAGGUAUUACAGUAUAUUAAAGGACUGUCUGGAUUAUUUGGAUGUUUGCUAAUUAGUAAACCAUUUCAGUGGACAGGUAAAAUUGCAUCUUCUUGUCUUUGCAUAAUAUGCUUAAAGUGUUGCACAAUAAAACCCCGCAUUUCUUGUUCCA